CGAAUAUUCAAUAUUCCCAUGUGUAGUAUUUGGAUGAAAAUUAAUUAAAUGUCCGCGGCGACUGCUGCGGGACUCUAUAACAACGGAAUUCGAACGUAAUUGGCUGUUUACCGGUAUUCUACGCUAUAGUCAGAAAGGUAAAUCGCUCAGCUCUUACCUCGAUUGGUAUGCGGGAGUCUCAGUGACAGUCACUCCCUGGUCAGUAAUGACAAAAGGCAUUCUCGCGCCCUUGAUCCGGCGAUCCAGUUCGGAAACACUGGUCGGAUCAAGCAAUAAUUAAUUUAGGAUAUAGUCGUUGAUGCAGAUAGUCUCCUGUAGGUGACGGGUUGCGCACCUACCGCGUGCAGUUCUGUGUGCUGUCCCUCCAGAUUUGCAGAAUACAGCCAGAAGCAACUAGUAACUAUAGCAUUCGAAGAAGAUGCCCAGACGCGGUGGUCGCGGCCAUGCACGGAGAGCGCAUCGAGCACAUCACCGCCAUCGGGCCCACCACCACCAUCAUCACGGAAUUCGUCAUCACCACAGACGGCGAGGAGGAAGGAUUGGCGGUCGCGGGGGAGCUAUUGUUAUCGGAAAUGGGGCCAAUCCGUGCGGACGUUCGGCGAUGUCACUUGGAUUCUUCCUUCUCUUCGCGGGCGCCGUGAUGAUGGGAGUGGGUGCUAGCAAUACCAUAGGCUUUCUGAUGAUUGCCGGAGGUGUUAUCCUCGGCAUUGCAGUCUUGCUCUGCAUAUUCGGAGUUGCCAUGAUUAAGUGCGGCGGGCCACCGCCGGGUGACGUGGAAGCCAAUAUCACUGCCACUGCCACUGUCCUGGAAGGUGCACCUGAUUUCAACGUAAUGCUGGAUCAGCUGUAUCCCGCUGCGGGCGGUGGUGUGACUGCAGCGCCUGGUCCCCCGCAGGCAGGCAUUCCGGUCGGCCAACCCUACAAUCCCGAGUUUUCCACCGCCGCUCCGCCCGUGUACCCAUCGGCACCGCAGGCCGCUGGAACUGUGCCGUAUCCGACUGCUCCGGCCGGUCCCUAUGCACAGCCACCGUAUCCCGUGGGGCCCGCGCCUGCCGCAGCAGUCCCAGCUUAUCCGCCUGCAGUUGCUGUUCCGGUGCCUCCGGUUGCGCAUGCUCAGCCGUACACUGCACCCGGAGCCAUCGCGGACCAAGAUGCCGGCGGUGCUGCUGGUACUGGUACUAGUGAUGGUACUGAUCUUGGCCUGCCCAGCUACAAUGAUGUCGUUGGAGAGUAAGACACUACACGUAGCCCAAAUAAAAACUUUACUGUUGGUUACACAAAUAGUCUCCUCUUUCUGCACGUUGAGAAACUCGUCUGUUCUCUUCUUCUUCUCUUCUUUUUAUUCUAUAUCCCGUCUCAUGUAUCACGUACAUACUUGUGUUGCGAAAUCCUCACUAUGUGUGGAAACUAAGAUGGCGAAGAGCUCCGCGUUGCUCGUCUGGGCAGGCAUCGGCUGAAUGGAUUUGUCUCUGCCAUUGAUACGAUCAUGAUAAUCUACGAAGAUCUACCGAAGUUGUUACGUUGAAUGCGGCCUAUGGAAACAUCAUGGAAUGAAGAUUGGCUACAAGGAUCUGGAUUGGGAGAACUUCAAAUUCACAUUCCCUGACUGAUUUCCUUGGAGACUAGAAUGCAAUUAUACUUAGAAGUAGGACUUAUCCUAUUGUAUUAUAUUGAGAUCUAAUUAUUUUCUUAGAGCAUCCCUAUUGUUCAGAUAUAGUAUUUAGAAAAACAGUUUUUGUAGUAUUUUGCUAUUUUAUUCCGAAACCCAAUGGGAUCAAAGCGUGUUAGCAGUACUUUCAUUA